UGCCCGGACAAAACAUAUAGUAAUGCGUUCGUCGUCCACUGCAAAGGCGUGUUUUCCACGGACCUGGCAACCCACGCAGCAGUCAGAUUAACCACGCAGACUCAAACACCAUGGCGGACGAAGUAGAGCAGCAACCGACCACCAAUACAGUCGAGGAGCCCCUGGAUCUGAUCCGACUCAGUCUGGAUGAGAGGAUCUAUGUCAAGAUGAGGAACGACAGGGAGCUCCGUGGACGGCUACAUGCCUAUGAUCAGCACUUGAACAUGAUCCUUGGAGACGUAGAGGAGACGGUGACAACAGUUGAGAUUGAUGAAGAGACUUAUGAAGAACUUUACAAGUCGACCAAGAGGAACAUCCCCAUGCUCUUUGUCAGAGGAGAUGGCGUCGUCCUUGUAGCCCCGCCCCUCAGGGUGGGCUAACAUGGACCACUUCCUGUGAUGAGGAGUCCUUUAUGACAGGCGGAAGGUUCUCACCAUGAGGACGUGGAUGGAGCUGAAGUUGAAGAGGUUCACACAUCUUCCACCGUAUUUGUGUUUGCUAUUGUCGUGUUUGUUUUAUGGGGCUGUAAGAAUGUCUGACAUUGAUGUUUCGCAGAUGUUGAACCAUUUCAGUCUGUGUAGCAGUUAAUAAAUGCAAAACUGAAGCCCAGAGGCUGCUCAUCAUGGUUCCAAACAGCUGAUCCUAUUCAAGUUGGUCUAAAACAUAGGGAUUUUUAUUAUAUAUAUGUUUAGACAGGGUUAACGAGACAAAAAAAAAAUCUGAUGGAAUGUUUUUGAGUUUGUAUUUGAUGAGGCGAGUUUUUGUAUUUAAUUAUCAACAUGUUUUUGUGGGACUGAACUGUGUUCAAUGGCUCUAAACAGAUUUUUCAUUUGGUUUUGAUAAACUUGAAUUAAAGUUUCAUUUGAAGAUGA